AUGGCGGACGUACAGGACAAGCAUACGCCUGCCCCGGCCGUGUCCUCCCCCGAUAUCGAGGAGCAUAUGAGUAUCGGGCGGUACGUUGCCACGCGCAUCCCGACGUUGGUGCCGCCGAUGAACCCGGCGCCCAACCCCUUCAAAGCGCUGACGCUGCUAAACCGCCAGCAGUGGCUGUUCUUCGCGGUCGCCUUCGCCGGCUGGACCUGGGACGCCUUCGACUUUUUCACCGUCUCGCUGACCACUAGCCAGCUGGCCAAGGCCUUCGACAAGUCGGUCACGGAUAUCACCUGGGGCAUCACGCUGGUGCUGAUGCUGCGCUCCGUCGGCGCCAUCACCUUCGGUAUUGCCUCGGAUCGCUGGGGUCGUAAGUGGCCCUUCAUCGUCAACCAGAUGAUGUUCAUCGUGCUCGAGCUGGGCGCCGGUUUUUGCCAGAACUACAAGCAGUUUCUAGCCUGCCGGGCGCUGUUCGGCAUUGCUAUGGGCGGUCUCUAUGGGAACGCUGCAGCGACCGCGCUCGAGGACUGCCCGUCCGAGGCGCGUGGUAUAGUUUCCGGCUUGCUACAGCAGGGUUAUGCGUUUGGCUAUCUACUAGCCACCGCAUUCGCGCGUGGCCUGGUCGAUACCACGCCCCAUGGCUGGCGCCCAUUGUUCUGGUUUGCGGCCUGCCCGCCCGUGCUGAUCAUUCUGUUCCGGCUGUGCCUGCCGGAGACGGAGACGUUCCGCCGUCGCCAGGAGGCGCGAGCGGAGGUUCGCGGUGGCGUAGCGGCGUCGUUCAUGGCGGAGGGUAAGGUUGCGCUGAAGCGGCACUGGAUGCUGCUUCUCUACCUGGUCCUGCUGAUGGCCGGAUUCAACUUUAUGUCCCACGGCUCGCAGGAUCUCUACCCGACGAUGCUACAGAACCAAUUCAACUUCUCCAAGAACGCCGUCACCGUUACUCAAGUCGUCGCGAACCUGGGCGCCAUCACCGGCGGCACGCUCUGCGGUUGGGCCAGCCAAAUCUUUGGCCGGCGCUUCUCCAUCAUCGUCAUCAGCAUCGUCGGCGGCGCCCUGCUAUACCCCUAUACCUUUGUGACCAGCGACAAAGUCAUCGCCGCCGCCUUCUUCGAGCAGUUCAUGGUGCAGGGCGCCUGGGGCGUGAUCCCCAUCCACCUGAUGGAGCUCUCGCCCGGGCCCAUCCGCACCUUCGCUGUCGGCACAGCGUACCAGCUGGGUAACCUGGUGUCUUCGGCUAGCUCGACGAUCGAGUCGACUAUCGGCGAGCGCUUCCCACUCCCGCCUACUAAGGCGGUGGCCCACCGCUACGAGUACGGCAAGGUCAUUUGCAUCUUCAUGGGCUGCGUCUUUGCGUAUGUGAUCUUGGUUACGCUGGCUGGGCCGGAGCGUCUGGGACGGAACUUUGAUGCUGAGCAUGAUGCGGAUCUGGCGGUUGUCGCGGCGCACCGGGGUAUUGAUCGCGCUGAUGGUUACGAGAGUGAUCCUGAGAAAGCGACGGCCACACGCCACGAGUGA